CCCGACCAGUCCGUGUCUCAUUCCACCACGGUCAAGCCUGCCGGUAGAGUUCCUGUUCUUCAGCUCCACAGUAAUCAUUUCAUUUGGAAACUUGAAACUGAAUUUAUAUUUAUACUAAACGUCGUUUUAUUUAUUUAAAGUAAACGUAACCGUUGGUUCAAUAUCGUAUAGUUUGUACAGAAACGGACUUUAACAGCAGAGCCGGGUCGUGCUAACAAAAGAAAAUCCUUUCUCUUCACAAAUAAUCCCCAUUACUCUCUUUAGUUAUGAGUCAUGUGGUCGUUGAUAAUCCACACGGUCUAGAUCAGCAGCUUGCUGCCCUAGACUUGAACUCUGCUGACGGACAAGGCGGAGGAACUGGCAGGCGUUACAUUCCACCUCACUUGAGAAACAAAGAUGCACCAAAAAACGCAGGAAAUGCAUAUUCCGCUGGUAGACAGUACGGUUAUUCAAUGGCACCAGUAAAUCUCUAUUCCCCUGGAUGGGACGGUGGACGCAGCAAUGGAUUUGUGAAUGGGUACCACGACAACCGCACAAAUGGGGGCUUUGGAGGGCGAGGACCCCCUCGCAAUGAUAGAGGUGGGCGUGGCGCCUACCGUGGUAACAGGGGUGGAGGCUCGUUUAAUCAACAAUUACAAAAUGCAGGGUUUGGUGGUGAAAGCAACUGGGGAGGAGCUCCUAGGGAUGCUGCAUACAACAGCUUUGGCGGACGUAACGAUCAAAGGUCAAAGUCCACCUUCUUCAAUGAACGUGGAGCAGGCUCAAGGGGAAGAUAUGAGCGUGGGGGCUUUUCUAGUGGAGGAAACAACCGCUGGUCAGAAGAAUCCAGAGAGGAAGAUUGGUCCAAGCUCUCCCCUCCCAACGAGCGCCUGGAAAAUGAGCUUUUCUCUGCAAGCAACACGGGGAUAAACUUUGAGAAAUAUGAUGAUAUUCCCGUGGAUGCCACUGGAAACAACUGCCCGCCACACAUUGAAAGCUUCCAUGAUGUGGACAUGGGGGAGAUUGUUAUGGCGAACAUCGGCCUGAGUCGCUACGAUUGUCCCACUCCAGUUCAGAAGCAUGCUAUCCCCAUCAUCAAGUCCAAGAGAGACCUGAUGGCCUGCGCCCAGACUGGCUCUGGUAAGACUGCCGCUUUCUUGCUGCCAGUGCUGAGUCAGAUCUACCAAGAGGGGCCAGGAGACGCUCUGCAGGCAGCCAAGGGCUCUGGACAGGAUAACGGAAGGUAUGGCCGCCGUAAACAGUACCCAAUCGCUCUCGUCCUGGCUCCCACCAGAGAGCUGGCUCUGCAGAUCUACGAUGAGGCCAGAAAGUUUGCCUAUCGCUCACGUCUGCGUCCCUGCGUGGUGUAUGGCGGUGCAGAUAUUGGUCAGCAGAUCAGGGAGUUGGAGAGAGGCUGUCACCUGCUGGUGGCAACACCUGGACGUCUGGUUGACAUGAUGGAGAGGGGAAAGAUUGGUCUUGACUAUUGCAACUUCUUGAUCCUGGAUGAGGCUGACCGCAUGUUGGACAUGGGUUUUGAGCCACAGAUCAGACGCAUUGUGGAGCAGGAUACGAUGCCGCCUAAAGGCAUCCGUCAGACCAUGAUGUUCAGUGCCACUUUCCCCAAGGAGAUCCAGAUCCUGGCUCGUGACUUCCUGGAGGACUACAUUUUCCUGGCAGUGGGCAGAGUUGGUUCCACUUCAGAAAACAUCACCCAGAAGGUAGUCUGGGUGGAGGACGGUGACAAGAGGUCCUUCCUCCUUGACCUGCUCAAUGCCACAGUUAUUCCCAGUGAGGUUCAGGAAAAUGUGACAGAGGCACCAGAGAAACCAGGCAAAGAAUCGUUGACCCUGGUGUUUGUGGAAACCAAAAAAGGCGCCGAUGCUCUCGAAGAUUUCCUUUACCACGAGGGUUAUUCCUGCACCAGCAUCCACGGAGAUCGGUCCCAGAGAGACAGAGAGGAAGCUCUACAUCAGUUCCGAUCAGGACGCUGCCCCAUCUUGGUGGCUACAGCUGUGGCUGCCAGAGGUCUGGACAUCAGCAACGUGAAACAUGUUAUUAACUUUGAUUUGCCCAGUGACAUUGAGGAAUACGUUCACCGUAUUGGCCGUACGGGACGUGUGGGCAACCUCGGUCUGGCCACGUCGUUCUUUAACGACAAAAACAGCAACAUAACCAAAGAUUUGCUGGACAUUUUGGUGGAGGCCAAGCAAGAGGUUCCCUCCUGGCUUGAAAGCCUAGCCUACGAGCACCAGCACAAGAGCACCACCCGUGGACGCUCUAAGAGGUUCUCUGGUGGAUUUGGAGCUAGAGACUACCGUCAGACCCCUGGUGGCUCUGCAAACAGCUUCAGUAGCAACCGUGGUGGUGGAGGUGGUGGUGGGCGUAGCGCUGGAGGCCAUGGAGGAGGAAACCGCGGCUUUGGAGGAGGGAGCUUUGGUGGCAACUUCUACGGCAACGACGGCUACGGAGGAAAUUACAGCCACUCCGGGAGUGUGGAUUGGUGGGGCAACUAGUCGCCAUAGGAAGAGGUUGCCAUGUCAACCCAAGCCAAUGGAAACCACAUGUUAACUUAAGCCAGACCAUAACAAACCUCCCUGUGUAGCUUCACUGACACACAGUACAUUACCAACCCUGGUUCUCUGCCAUUCGCUUCUCAAAAAGGAAGUGCAGCACGAUGCAAUGGAAAGUCACCAGCACGUGCAACGCACCGGAGAACGCAGAGAUUCGCACACCUCAGAGUGAGCAUGGAUGCUGACAUGCAUUGUCCGAUAGCAACUUCGGACUUUCAUUGUUUAAAGUAUUUUUGUUCUUUUUGUGAAAAAAAAAAACACACACACCCAAUCGAAUAACCUGAGGAUCAUUUGUAUGUUAAUGUACUGUGCCUUUUGGAAUUUAGACAGGAAAUCUUAUGUUUUCAUUUCAUCAGAUGAACAUGGCCAAGAGCUUCUAAAUUUGAUUUUAUUUGUUUGGUGAAAAAUAGAAAGGAAAAAAAAAAAAAUAAGCUUGGACUUACUCAAACCUUGGCAAACACUGGGGUAUUGUGGCUCUGAGUCAUGAUUCCAUUUGAACUUCAAAUUUAUCACAGGAACAUCAUGUAGCCUUUUCUAACAGCUAACGGAGCCGUUACUAUGUCUAAUACAAACUGGGCCACUCUGUGAAGCCGUUGAUUUUAAUCCUAAGGGACAAAGUUACAUUCGUCUUUCUGUUUUGCUCACUCUAUCCUGGACAGGCUCCUUUUUAUGGAUAUGAUAGUCUUUGAAAUAGCCAUUCCUAUUGUAAUCUUAAGAAACACAUAAGUCAUUAAGCUCAGUGCCAACAUAUCGCUGAGGUUCGAACAAGAAUUAUCACUGCUGGAACUUGUUACUCCACAUUUUUCAAUUGACUUUGACAGUGUUACGGCAGCUAGUAUGUUACCAAGUGCUAGCUACGUUAAGUGGGCGGUGUUUUUUGUUUAUUUUUACUUGAGACAUUUUUGGUGCAGGUGUGUGCGAAAUUGAAAAACUGACUCAGUUUUUUGAUUUUUGAAUUGUUUCUUUACAAAUGUGUAUCAAAACAAAGAAUGCCUGCCAUCUUGAAAGUGAAGUUCAAAAUGGCUGCAUAAAGGACCACAGCAUCGGGGAAGGGCCUAGCGUGGUGUUAGUGUUUACUGAAUCGACCGGCGACCACAAGGCCCAGAUGGUAUUCUACGCUUGCAAGUGUUUUGUUUUUUGGUCAAGGAGGAAAGACACGAGAACUGAGUCGCAGGCUUAACUUAAUUACAAACGUUUUCUCUUUUCAAGCUGCGUUGGGAGGCAUGGUUCAUCUGUAAGAGACAGACAUUUGAAUGAUCACUGAGGUUUAUCAAUUAAAAA